AUGAGAUUCAUUGGAAUAGAUCCGGCCACUAAAACGGGAUUUGUGGCAUUGGAUAUUGACGGAAAUAUCCUUGAGCAGGUCGAGCUGCAAGGCAAAGGCCCAACGGUUAGCGGUGGAAUUUCAAUAGAGAAACUUGUCUCGCUGGAAAAUAACUUGUUUCAACGACUCCAGGAGCAUGAUGAAAUUCUAAUUGAGCAACCGGCAAUGGGUACCCAAAAAGGGGUCACCACAGGAAUGAUACACGGUGGACUGAGGACGAUGAUCCACCGCAAAGGGAUGACGUUCAACGAGAUAAACCCCACAAGCACCAAGAAAUAUGUUGCGGUUACCGGAUGGACUGGUGAGGUCGGAAGCAAAAGGCGUUUGAAGGAUAAAGAGAAGAAAGCAGCGGUAGCUGACGCAGCUAAAGAGUUGUUUGGCUUUACUCACAAAAGCGAUAACGUGACGGACGCGUACAUUAUCGCCAGAGCAGCGGUGAACCUCUACCGGAUGCGCGAGUAUAUGUCUCUGCUGGACAACGAGCCUUACCAGAAAGAAGUCAUUGAAUCGAUCCUGAAUAAAAAA